AGAGUACCCACCCAGCACUUCUAAUCAAAGACAAGGAAACAGAAAGCGCCUAAAAACCGCCGCAGACAGCGCAAUGGAAUCCCAGCAAAACAUAUAACAGAUACAGAAAACACGCGUCAAACUGAAAUUUUGCAAAAGGAAAAAUAAGAAUAACAGCAACGGCUUCAUCUACUUGGCCUUACGUUACAACUGUGCUCACGGUUACCACGCUUAGUCGUUUUAUUCAACAUUCGGUCUACGUCUCCGUCAACAUAUCUGCACUUCAAUAGCUCGUCGUGAUCGUGACAGGCCAAAAUAAAGCUAUCGACUCUAAUAAAAGAUACUGCUCAUCGAUCCUCGAGAUUGAAAACAGAUUUAGAAAAUGACAGCGGCAACAUCUUCUUCCGCACGUGGAGGGAGCAAGGGCGUUUCCCCGCGGCGGGGCGGCGGCACGCCGCGAUCCCAGGGCGCCGGAGGUGGAGCGGCGAAAGGAACCGCUGACGACAAGAAGGCAAGCAAAGCAGCCGCAGGUCAGGCCUUAACAACGCCAACCUCCACUCCGCGUAGUCCCACGGCGAACAAUCGUGGAAGCGGCUGGGACCGACUCACUAGUGACAGUUCAACUGCCACUUCUCCGCUGGAAUCCGCCCUGGAGAUGCUGAAGCACCCGGCCGUGCUGAUUGUUCUGGUCGUGGUUCUGGUUGUCUUCGGCCCGUCCCAGCCGCUCACGCCCGAAGCGCAGGACCGGAUGGUGAAGGCCAUUGUGGAAGAGCAGAACAGCGGGAAGUUCGCUUCCACGGAGGACGUGCAGAUCCUGGAAAAAAACCUCCACUCUGAGAUGGACAAACGCGCCACGACGGAGGAAGUGCAAACUCUGAAAGACAACCUGCAGGACGACCUGCGCGCGGUGUUGGAUACACGAGUGGCAGAGGUUACCGCUGCAAGUACCGAGACUUUCACCCAGUUUUCCGAUACCUGGGGCUCCUCUCUGUCGAAUGUCACGGUAAGCUGCGCUGGUGGUGGUGCUCCUGCUGUUCGUUUGAUUAUUGCAUGCUCUCGAUAUUAAUGACAUUUUUAUCAUAAUCAAAAUCAUGUGAUAUAUACUAAUACUACACACCCACGAUCAUGUUUUCAUCGACGAUCCACCACAGGAGAAUGUCGAGAGCUUGACUUCCCGGGUGACCUCGCAACAAGAGAGCAGCGCGAAGCAAAGCGGGCUCUUGACAGAGCUGCAGGAUACCAUCACGAACUUGCAAACCGAAGUGCAGCAGUUGCGCGAAAAGCUAGCGGAGGUGCCAGCGCUGGUCACAACUUCUCACGAAGGGGCUGGUGCCAAGACCUCUCGUCCUGCUGUUGGCGAACACUCGGAACCCUCCCCAGCAACAUGCGGUGUGAUUUCAUCCAACACGGCAGUCGCGCGCCUGAACUGGGCCUCGAGGAGCCUCGGCGCCGCGAUCAAGAAUGCCAGCCCGGCCCGGGGCGUCGGCACGUGGCACAAACCCCUGAACCUGGUCGGGCAAUUCGUGCUCCCGCAGGAAACCCUCGCUAAGAUGACCCUGCGAACCAGCAAGACGGCGGACGAACUGUUGCUGCCGACGCCACCCAUUCCCGGCGAGGCGUUCUCAACCAAGCUGCCAGGUAGUGUUAUUGCAAGGCAGGAUGAACGUCUUCUUGGUUCUUGUAUGUCAUGUGCGACACUUGCUUCUUGAAGCUAUGCGUUACAAUUACAACUUCUACAGCUGUUGUAGCCCCCCGUGUCACCGCUAAGUCACUAACUACCAGUUUACCAGCAUUGAAAAUGAUGAACCGUCACUUGAGUCCAACAUCAAACUUCCAGGCUUCGUGCAUGUGAGUCUCGGCCUACCCCUGUCUCGCGUGACCAAGGUGGGCCUGCGCCACCUGAUCCCUGCCCUCACGCCCAACCCGAAGUCGGCGCCGCGGGAGUUUUCCGUGCAGGCAGUUUCGCAGAACAAGACGGAGAAUGAGCUGGAGACACAUCAGAAGAAAUUUAACUUCGUGUUCCAGGAGACGCUCGGGCUGCAGGUGUUUGACGUGCAGUUUCCCUCUCCGGUAAAGGAGUUGCGAUUCGACUUUCACUCCUCCUGGGGGACCGACUACGUCACCCUGUUUCGACUCGAAGUUUACGGGGAGGUGUAGGUCGAGCAAGGACCUAGCUUUCUUGCACUCGAAAGCGAAAAGAGGAUCGCAAAACUUGUACAAAAUCCAUCUAACAACAUGAUGUAAAGUUUUUUUCGAAGCGAGCCCGAACCUGUGUCGCUGAAGGGCUUUUUUGCAACACCCUGCUGACCUGUUUCUGUGCUGCUGGUUGUAUGAUUUAUUGUUUGUGCAGCAACAUGAUGAAGUAUCAAGUCGAGCGUCUGGUUGCGCUAGCUCGCAUUUGUCACACCGCGCACACCUGCCGAAUUUUGUUUUUUGUGUGUAGCUGUUCGCCGUCGAAGUUUUCUUCUAGUUCAUUGUCCAGUCGUCAACGUCAUCCUGCC